AACGAAACAAAUAGUUCUCAUUACACUUCUAAUUGCUUUUUCCAGAACUUCGAGAACAAGAAUGGAAGAACACGCAGAUGCGAAAUGGAAUUUACCGGGCUGGAGAAUAGAGCAGAAGUACAGCACUGAUGUACUGAUCGGGAAUUGGAACGAAGAACGUCGAGUGUUUGGACGUGGUGACUCACACUUUGGUAGUACUCACAGAGUGGACUUCAAAAAUUAUGGAAAAUUUCUACCAGAUGUCACAACCAGACGAAAAGCUCUUCAGCAACAUAAUGGGCUAGGAAAAGAGUUCAUAUUCUCCCAUCAUCAAAAAGCUUAUGAGGGCAACAGAAUAUCCUGGUAUGACCAACAGUUUAACAAGCGUGAGAUUACAGAGUCAAGGCUGCCACCACUGAGGAGCUGGGACAGGCAAAAGUUGGCCUGGGCACCAGAGAAAUCUGAUUACCCUACCCAAGGACCUCCUACAAACUACGGACUUCUGAAGAAACUUCAGCAGAAGUGGAAGAAUGAGGCAGCUUUGGAAAAACUUGGGACAAAUGUGUCCACUUACAACAUAUCGUUCACCCAACAUCCAAAAGAAUUAUUUACAUUUCAACACCAUGCAAUACCAAAAAGUCUCUCAUGUCACUUCCAUCCACAUAACAUCAACAAAGAUCUGCAUUUACGAGGGAAACAGCUCAGCACUGCUCCAGAAUUUCCUCCAACUCUUGCCAUUCCACACAAUGUUCCUCCAAACUUUCCACAAUCAACCAUACUGGCAAUUUAAAAUCAUUUUCAUAAAAAAAAGAAAAUUGUGGAAAUUUUUUUGUGCAUAUCACUUUUCUGUGAUAACUUUUUCCUUACACAACAACUGCUCCCAACUUUAUUUAUUCAUGUUUUUAUAUGUAAAUAAAUAGAUACCAUGAAAAAAUACUUUUUGGAUUGCCUAUCUAAUUAAAAGUGACCCUUUUUGGGUUAACCCCUUAACUCCCACGAUCUGGUUGUCAGUUCUCCCCUUUAGCUGCUGCACAUUUCCUUGAAAUUAGUUACAAGAAUUAAAUUUUAGAUCAAGAAAACAACUUCUUCCUGCAGAUAACUUUGGGUUAAUUCUCAUUACCUGCUUACUGGAUAAUGUAUGGAUACAAUAAAGAGAAGUUAGAUGUUGAUCACUUCUGGUAGUUUAAGGGUUAAAAGUUGCUUAAUUUGAUGACUUAGCAAAGAUAAUUCAAAAGUUGUUUUAUAUCUGUUGAUUAAGGUCACCUGCACAUAAUACUGUAACAGUCACUAUGGGUGAUACAAACAACACAGUGAGGUUGUAAUUAGUAAUUCUGGAUACACAAACAAUAGGCAGACUGGAAAUAAGUAAGUACAUAAUAUUCUAUAUUGACUUUGCCACAGAAAUUAUACUCUUUAAAAAUUGUCUAGCAUUAUCAUUACCAAUGAUUAUCACAAUACUUGAAUGAUUUAUUGACUGUUAUGCAGACUUGGAAAGCAACCAAAUAGUUGCAGAAUCUCUUCUUAAAGUAAUGUGGUCUUUUUUAUUAUAACUACCAAAAUAUUGGCCCUUAAUGUAACUCUGACAGGUUAUAAAUUACUGAGCUUGUAAUUUGAGCCAUUCAGUGGAAAUGAGCUAAUUAUUCAUCUGAGACACAUAUACCAUUACUGUUUGGUUUUUGUAAAAGGUCACACAAUGAUUUGUACAAUUUAUGACAAAAAUGUUUAGUAAUAUAUUUUCAAAAUAAAACAGCACCAUUCACACAGAAAA